AUGCCAAGAUCAUUUUUGAUUCGAAAACUUCUCGCAAUCAGCGACAACGAAGACGACGAUCCGACAGAUGCUGGACGUGAAGCUAGUGAAAUCGGAAAAGAACGUGGUAAGUAAUUUUGUUUUAUAACAAAUUAUUAUAUAUAACAAAUUUAAUAAUUUAAUAUAUAUAACAAAUUAUUGAGCUUGAGCAUUUAACUUGUGUUCAGCAUGAAAAGCAUUUGUUAUGAAUGCUUUAAUAAGUUCUCCCUGACACAGCCAGGUAUAUACUACAAGCAUGAAAAGUAGUUGUUAUGAAUGCUUCAAUACGUUCUCCCUGACACAGCCAGGUAUACUUGACCAUAUAACCUUCACGGGUUAUUACAACAAUGUAUUUUUGGAAAUUUCGCAUUGGCGUUUAAGCGUUUGAUGUAAUCUUUGACUCAGUUCUCAACAAAGUGACUCAAUCACCAAGUCAGAUUCCAGACGUAGUAUCAAGUUCUCUCAGGAGAGAUGCGGCCCUAUAAAGCUCGUUAAUGAAUGUGUUCUGUUGGUUCAAACAUUUAACAACUGCAUUGAACGGUUCACAUCGCCACUAAAACCUAGAUUUAAAUUUGCAUUACUUUCAUGAUAAAUUAAAGCGAUCAUUCUGAUCCAUAGAUUUGAACAAGAACAAUAUAAUAACAAUACAACCGUAAAUUAUCUAAAGAUAUAUCUUAACUUUACGAAUCAUGUGUGCAUGCAAUUUGUACAGCUGAAAUAUUCGAUCGAGUAGAAUUGAAGGGAAACAACUAUGAAGUCUGCAACCACUUCACUGAAUGCCCUGUUAGUGUUACAGUAAAGGGUUAUCAUGCAUGCAGGCCCGUUGCCGUGAUAUUGUCCCCUAUAUUGAGCUGUUGUUAGUAAAAUGCCCUUAAAUCUAGAUGGGAUGCCUGAAACGACAAAGCAAAAUCUGCUGCAUGCAUGUGAUACGUACACAACCUAAAUUUUGAUUGCCUUUGGUUAACUAUAAUCGUUAGAGCGAGUAAAGAGCCGAGAGGAAAGAGAAAAAGUUGCAUUUUCCGAAACGCGAGGCUAUAUCCAUAUGGCUUAUUGGGUUUCAAAUAUAAACAGUGGCCAAUUUAAUAAAUAUACAUGACGAGGCAAAUGAACUCAAUGCCUUAUAGGCGAGGGUUACAAUAAAGCUGUGCAAACGACGUAUUUUGAAAAUUAUAAUCAGCAUUACAUAAUGAACAUGCAUAUGCGUUUCACAUUUCAAGGUUUCCUGUUAGGAAAUAGGCCUACAUUUAUUCACAAUUAAGAACUUGCACGUAUAUCAGAAACUAUAAGUUUGCCUAUAUUAUAGUUUACAAAAAAAAGAUGAUCACUAUAUAAAAUUCAAAUAGACCUACAAAAUAUUUUUUAUGUAGUUGGAGAAAAGGUUCAGCAUAAAUAUAUAAAUGGAUGCAUCGUUGUAUUGACCUGUCCAUGAGUUACAAAUAAACAGAUACGAUUUUUUAAUUGCCUGACCUGUAACAUAUAUCUGCCUGAUAUAUUGGUUUGGUAUAGAUCAUUCUAUGCUUGUUUCACUAUAGAAAACGCCCUAAAGUGCUACAAGAGAACGAAACAGUAUAGUAUGGCGUAGAAUGUAAAAACUAAAGAGUUUUACAUUGGCGUUGCGCCAAGAGACGCGGGCGAAGUUUACUAAUUAGGCUUGUCAAAAAGUUUUAAAAUUUGCACACGAUGCCGCAGUCAAUUUCUAGUGAGCCUUAGCAGGUUGUUUUUUAAUGUUAGCGGCGCGAUCGGCUCUUCGACGUCCACAAUUGACCGUCCAAAGUUCCAUUUCGGAUCAUGAGUAACAAGAUGGAGAUUAUUUCACUCAUCGUAUUGCCAAAAUUAGUCGCAAGUAUUUUGUAAUGAGGUAUACAAUACAUGCAAUCAUCUAUAACGUGUAUAAAAUAUAAUUCACUAUGUAUAGUCAAAGUGAGCAGGUUUAGGUAAAUAAUAAGUAAUUCCACCUGUAAUUUCUUCACGCCUUUCAUCUAUGCCAGUUUAUGCUUGGAGGAUUAUAUCAACUGCGCACAGGCUAUAUAAGGGCGUGACGCUUGAUAUUAAGUAUAACGCAAGCACUUCAUGGUGUAGUGGACACACUAGCUCUCUAAUCCAUGCAUAUCAUUUAUUCCCGUGCUUUCAAUACAGACCUUAUAAGAUACGGUGAAGCCAGGUUCAACGUUUUGAAGGAUUUGUAUGAAAUGUUUGAGAGAACUGACAAUGAGCCAGUUUCCUCAAACAUUCCUUGUGCAAAUCCUUCAAAACGUACACUUUACCAAUGCUUUAAAAUCCCUACUGUGAAUCACAGAAACUUUGAUAGUGUUAACUAGCCUUAAAUUUAGUAUACGGACGUGACAAAAAACACACGCAAAGUUCAGAUAAUGCGCAACACGAGUGAAAACUAUUCAUUCUUUUGUAAAAAAAUUAUAAAGGUAGAAAACAAAUUUAAACUGGUAACAAAUCCAAAAGUAAAACAUAACUAACUGUUCCUUCGGGGACGCUGUUCCUACCGAAGAGAAAAAUCGUCUGGUGUAUAGCAGAUAUGACAACGAAAAUGGUACACGCAUGCAUCCGACUGUUUAUUAUCUAAUUAUAAUGCCCAUGCACUGCGGUAUAUAUCCCUUAUAUACCCAUAAAAUUGUCUGGUGUUAGAGAGAGUAAGAUUAAUAAGUGACUCAUUUGUUACUUGCUUGACUGUUAUCUUAUACAGGGGCCUGUUGUAUAAAAAAGUAGUUCGAAUAUUUUCACUGUUGACAGUUGGGUCUAAAAUCAUUGAAAAUUAACCCCCUUAAGGACUUAAGUUGAUGAAAACUCAUUUCAAUAAACUACGCACAUAUUCAUAAUUAUUAUCAAGUAGGAAUAAAUCUUAGCUAAGCUACGACAAGUUCGUGAUUAGUUGCCUUUUCUUUUGUUAUGCACUGCUUUAAUUAUAGGCACAGAGGUGAAAAAAUGCGAUUCUGACUAACAUUUUUUAUCGUACUUGCUUAUUUUCAGUUUUCUCCACUUGGCAUGAAAAACAUGUCAUUCAAUAGCUAAAAGCCGGAUCUUUCGGAAUUACUGUAAUUGACGUAAAAUAGCGCGCUGAAGUUCGAUUACUACUUUUUUUACACUGUAUAUAUAUUUGUACCAUGGUUCAGUGGUUUACUACAAAAUAAGCAAGUCAACGGAGGAAUGCGAAAUACCUGAUCAUCCAAGGUUUUACAACUUAAAAUAUAAUAAGUGAAACCUUUUUUCAUGAUUUCAUUUCUUUUUUCAUUUUGGGGAUUUUAAUAAAAUUAUUUAAUGUUCGUACGCAACUUGCUACUCAAUACUAUACUGCCAUGAAUUGUGUUCUAGUUCUUACAAAAAUUACGAACACUGAAAAAUACAUCCAUACUAUCCGGUUGUCAUUAUGAUUUAUGGGCACUAUAUAUGGAUCAGUAUUUAGCUAUAUAUAUAUGGUAUUGCUAUUAUACGUGAUAUUUUUAAGCCUGAUUUUACAGUACAUUUUUAAUGGCAAUUAUGUUUUUCAAUGACAUGCCAAGAGUAUAACUUAUAUAUGCCCAUUUAUAGUUUUAAUUCACUUCCUCUCUUUCAAUUAAUACUUUAUAUCUCACAUUAUAUUAUAUAUUUAUACAGUAUUAAAUGCUGCAAUAAAAUUAUAGCCUAUUUAUAGUGAGAAUAUAGUCAGUUAGAAGAUAUAUGUUUUAAACGCAGAGUUUUCAAAAUAUUGCCAUUGCCAUAAUUGGACUGAAAAAUUGGAUGACCCAAGAGUUGAAUUUCGUGAGAAAAACACCGUUAGCAGAAAAGCGUGACGCUUAUAAUAUUGGCGCAAUAUAUGUCAUAUCAGCGCUAUAUCGCAGCCUUUUUUAUUCCUCUUAAUUUUAAUUGUUUUUUAAGUAUCGCACCGGCUGCACGUCCACGCGAGCAUUGCCAACUCGAUUCAUUAAACUUUUCAAUGAAGAAUUUCAAACUAAAUUUUCAACCGAUGUUUUCAACUCGCCCGCCGGUAUCCAGCCACGCACAUUUUAAGUUAUCGUUCACCGCAUCUAGACAAAGAAAUUUUCAGCGCCUUAUGCACUUUGACAAAAGCUCUGUUAUACUUUUCGCCUGAAGGAAAAACAAAGCUAAAUGUCAACAGGUUAGGUUUACAUGCUUAUGAAAUGUAUUGACGUUGUCUAACAGGUUAUAUUUGCACAGUAUAAUAACUUUUGGAGCGUUAUGAGUUUGCCUCUCUGACUCUGGAGCGUAAUUUUAUUCCACAAAAGAAUUAUACAAAAGUUGCAAUUGAUAAUUACUAAACAAAGACCGUUUUAGAACAAUCACUAAUAUAAACUGUAAUUUAUACGGCAAAUUAUAUUCGCAUAAAACGACAGUUGGGAUUAUUGAAAUCGGUAAAUUUAAAAGUGAAUUGAUCAUUAGCCCGCUGCAUGACACAGUCUGAAUAUUACAAUAUUUUUUAGUCACCAAAUUAGACAUUGGUCAUUGCAAUGAUCAACACGGGUAUAAUUUCUGCAACUGUGAAAAAAGGAACUCACAUGUACCACUGAUGAGUGCCGGCAGGUUUCGUAAUCUGCAGAACUUAAAACGUUUGAAGUCAAGAAACUUUGUUUAAAUUUCAGUAACUUCAACAUUUCAUCAUCUUACGGGAGGAAAAUUAUAAAUAUAUUACUAUUAUUAGCGUAAUUAUGCAGGUGCUUGGCAAACAUAAAUGACCAAUUUCUGUUUUAUAUCCAGGUGAUUGUAUCUGUUAAAUGUUAAUGUUUACUUCAUAAUGUUAAUGCUAAGAUAGAUAACUGGGGAGGGCGGGGGUGCCAUCGCCGCAGGAAUCGGUUUCCCCCAACCAGUCACAUUGAUUCUGCCCCUGGAAAAGUAGCUUCAACCGCAAAAGUAGCAUAACGUCUCAGAUAUUACAACAGGAAAACUAAGGAAUGGACUUGAAGCUUAUUUCUUAUAAAAUUUCUUUAUCUCUUUCCCUAUCUGGUGGCAUAUACCCAAGGGACAGUACAUGGCCUCAUAUACCAACAUGUUUUCUACGUGUACGACGUGAACGACUCGUUCUUUUGAAAGAUGAUUUCAAUUAUUUACUAUAAUCGACCAAUCACAUAGCCGGUUUAUUUAUACAGGUAGGGGGCGACCCUACUCAAGUGAAUCCCCUCUCACAUCCUCACUAUUUUCUUACUAACAGAAUGUGCAUAUACAGACCCUCGCCCCGAUAAACGACCACCAGUCUCCCACCACGAAACCACGACCGUACACGAAGAUCAAACCACAGAGAAACACGAAACUACAUUUCACUGUGAACUUUGUACAAGGUCAUUCAACCGAGCAAGUGAUUUGAAACGUCAUCAGUUAGCGCACAUUGAAUCUAAACCAUACACGUGCCGAGUGUGUGACAGACAGUUCACAUGGCUGGGGAAUUUCCACAAGCACUGUGCUACGCAUGCGCCAUCUACACCACACCUCCCGUUCUACCCACAACCCACCAUCUUUAGUAUGUGUCCACCACCACCACCGCCACUCUUUAAUACCACACCCUACAGCAAUCCUGCAUUCUACUUCAGCAGCUUUCCAGCGAGACCGCCAAUGUCGCAUUUUGGUGGAUGUAAUCAAGUGUCACGUGUACUGCAAUGCAGUAUCUGUCGCUUGACCUUCACCACGUCACGUGCUUUGAAAAUGCAUACCAGAAUUCAUAGCGGGGAAAAGCCUUACAAAUGUGGUCAGUGCAAUAAAGCGUUUGCAAGGAAGGAUGAACUGCAUACACACAAGUAUUUUCACACAGGUAACGACGGUUUGUUCUUGAGAUUUUAUUUUGAGGCUAUACGCAGUACUAAAUAG